GUAGGGAUCCAGCCCCUGGCGGAAAUUGUGGCGGAGUGGCGCGCGCAGCAUCCCGCGCGAGCAGCGGAGCCAGCGACCCUGCUGGCGCCACGGCAGGCAAAGCCCAAGAAGAGCGAGCAAUUCGCGCGGCAUCGCUACGCCGCGCUGCAGCCAGCCGGCAAGAUGGAGUGGCACUACGUUCCUUUCUUGGUGCCCCAGCCUCUGGCGGGCCCGCUUCCGCUUCCGACAGGUGCAGAGCCGCGGGCUGAGCUGUUGGAGGCGAACGUCGGCGGCCAGAAGAUGAUGCACUUCACCAACAUCUGGCGCGCCCAGGCGCUGGCGCAAGGGCAUCCGCUCGUGGCGUCAGUAUGCCAGCGCAAUCUCCAGAAUGCUCUGGAGUUGAGUCUGCGGGACAGCGUCGGUCGGGCCACGAGGGGUCAUCAGCCCCCUUGGGGCCUGAAGGUGGCGCUCGCAGCCUCUGGCGCGGCCACGCGCGUGGGCGUCAGCGUGCGCGGCGCCACCGCUCACCCGCAGUCCACAGCGGGAUUAGUCGGCCUCGACUGGAGCACGACAGGCGCCAACGCAACGCCGCGCGACUUCGCCGAAACUCAGGCGGUCUUCGAGGACAUCUUCAUGCGCAACUUAUGCUUGCUGCGCCAGCCGAGCCCCGAGCUCGAGCUCCCAAGGCGAAGGCUGGGGCUGGAGAAAGGGCACGGCGUCUUCUCCUCGGCCUCUGGCGAGCGCAGCUCCGCCGACGCCGGCCCAGCAGCCCCCCAGCUCGACAGCUGCUCAUCUGCCAGCUCAGCAGCUGCGCCGCGCUUCGCCGCCGCUACCACAGCAGGCCCCGCCCGCCGGGAGCUCGCCGGCCCAGCCUCGCCGCUCCGCCGACGCCAGCGCAGCAGGAUCCGCCGUCGCAAGUUCUGCCGCCUGGCCUCGCCGACGCUACCGCAGCAGGCUCUGCCAACGCUACCGCAGCAGGGCUCGCUGCUCCACCGACGCCAGCGCCUCAGUCUCAGCCCUCGCAAGCUCAGCCGCGCGGCAAUGCUGCUCCGCCGACGCCAGCGCCGAGGGCCCCGGCGACGCCGGCGCCAGUGCCACAGCAGCCUCUGGCGCGCGGCGCUGCGACUGAAGGAGCUCCGCCGACGAAGGGCGAACGAGAACCUGAAUCGGCCGCUGCCGCAGAUGUCGCGGCCAGGGCCCGCGCGGGAGACUUCAGCCUCUGGCGAGAUCGACCUGACAUCUUGCAUCUCUGCCAAGCAGCAGGAGAAGCUCACCGACGAGCAGAAGGAAGAGCUGCGCCAGGUGGUCAGGCGCAUCAGCCAGCAGGCCCGCGUCGCCGCGUUUGGGGAGGGUCGCAGCCACUGGCGCGGGCGAGCGCCGAAGGAUUCCGCGGAGGAGGCAGAGCGGCGCCAGCGGGAUCGCGAGAAGCUCCUCGCAGACAUGGCCACUGGCUGCGAUCCCGCGCCCUGCCCCGACGAGCACGCAUCGGGAAUCCCCGGCAUGAAACAGAAGCGCUGCGGUCAGCUGGAGGACGCGGCGACGGCAGUCGCUUCCAGGAAGACGCACUACAUGCCGAGGCUGCAAAAGGAAUUCCGGGGCGGCUCGCUGAGGCACAACUGCGCGGAGAUGCCCGACCUAUCCCCAGCCUCUGGCGGGAACUGGAG